AUGAAGGACCGGACCGGGGAGCUGCGCGCUGCAAAGGACAGUGAUGAUGACGAUGAAGUCACCGUCAGCGUGGACCGGGAUCGUUUCAUGGAUGAGUUCUUUGAGCAGGUGGAAGAAAUUCGAGGCUUCAUCGAUAAAAUUUCGGAAAAUGUGGAAGAAGUGAAAAGGAAGCACAGCGCCAUUCUCGCUUCACCCAACCCUGAUGAAAAAACGAAAGAGGAGCUGGAAGAGCUGAUGUCUGACAUAAAGAAGACGGCGAACAAAGUGCGCUCCAAGCUAAAGAGCAUUGAGCAGAGUAUUGAACAAGAGGAAGGACUGAACAGGUCAUCGGCUGACCUGCGGAUAAGGAAAACUCAGCACUCCACACUGUCCCGCAAGUUCGUGGAGGUGAUGUCCGAGUACAACGCCACGCAGACUGACUACCGGGAGCGCUGCAAGGGCAGGAUCCAGAGGCAGCUGGAGAUCACUGGCAGGACCACCACCAGCGAGGAGCUGGAGGACAUGCUGGAGAGCGGCAACCCGGCCAUCUUCUCCUCUGGGAUCAUCAUGGAUUCAAACAUCACCAAGCAGGCGCUGAAUGAGAUUGAGACACGGCACAGUGAGAUCAUCAAACUGGAGAACAGCAUCCGAGAGCUGCACGACAUGUUCAUGGACAUGGCCAUGCUGGUGGAGAGCCAGGGAGAAAUGAUUGACCGCAUCGAGUACAACGUGGAGCACUCGGUGGACUAUGUGGAGCGGGCUGUGUCCGACACCAAAAAAGCGGUGAAGUACCAGAGCAAAGCCAGACGGAAGAAGAUCAUGAUCAUAAUCUGCUGUGUGAUCCUGGGCAUCGUCAUCGCCUCCACCUUCGGCGGCAUUUUCGGCUAGACUCACCCCCACAGGACUGUUUGUGUGCGAUGGAUGGAGCCGCGCGUGCCAUGGGGCUGCAGCCACA